CCCCACUACUCGAGUGUCAACCGAUUGCCAAAAAAGUAGCCAGAAACUGAUCGCAUCACUCGCACCCAUUCGAAGUUUGCGUCAUCCGGUCCUGGGGUUCUGCCACUAUCGAUUUUUUGCUCGCCCUUGGGCCUUUACCUUGGAGAAAGCAUACCGGGAGAAGUGGCGACCACAAUUGCCUGGACGCGAAGCUUGAACUCGACCCAUUCACCGGUACUCUCCUCCGGUUCAUCCACCCAAUCAGCACACCAUAGCUGACCCAAAACUAUCACCAAACAUCACAAUCGGCAUGGCGAAUCUUCGGGCUGCUGGGCCUUUGCAGUGGUUUACUCUGCUCAUCAUGAUCUUAACGGCCUCUGCCGCUAUCACACUUGACGACAUCCAACCCAUCACCUCCCUGUCAAUUUCUCGCAACUGCCUCCUCACUUACCGAAAACCUCUCGAGGGCUGUGACUCGGAUGACUUCGAUGGAAAUGACUGCUCUAGGGGCUGUGCGCAGGGCGUCCUCCGGAUUGAGGACCUCCUCCAACUCUCUUGCCGCGAUGACACCGCCCCUACAAACUCACUUCUCGCAAUGGCAUUGGGAGACCAGCUGCUCGAUUUCUUGUGCUCGGACGAGCCUCAGAUUCUACCCACUUCUUUCACCUCCGAGGGGACAACAUUGACACUCUCUUCGGUCUAGCCAGAAAUGACGACUACAGCUAAGGCUUGGCCAACACUUAUCAUGAGAACCUCGACAACGGAAAGACUUACCGAGUCGACAACUUCUGAAGGUUCCGUGCCCUCGGAAGGUGGAAAAUCGCCCAAUGCCCCUGAACCGACUGUGACAUCGGAGUCCGAGUACGUUUCUACAACUAUACCACUCUCAGCAACCACGGAGAUACCCCUUCAUACAACAAGUGAUGCCGUGACCGGUACAACUACAAGCUCCGUCCGGACAACUACCGGAAACCGUCCGAUAAGGGGCGGUGGCGGAAGUCCUUAUGACCUUCCUGCUGGUGUUAGAAGUGGUCAGCAAAGGCUCUCCAUAUCGGGGUUUGAAGCUGCCUUUGGCACUCUGUUCCUUGGAGCGCUGUAUCUAUAGUUGGAGAUGCGCGUUUCGAGUUAUGGGAAUAUUGGUAUCGGAUAGAUUUUUAGUCGAGGAUGGGAAGCAAAAGGUCUUGCCUGCAAUGGCGAUAAUGUGUAGUGUUGACCACAUUGUGUAGUCUCUUGAGGCUGUGAACUGUGAGUGGUAUGUAGCAAGCCAUGCAUGGCGAGAGCAAGACGAAGAUCUUUGUCCUCUAUGUUUUGAGGGCUGAUAUCAAUUCGUCAGAGGGCAACACAACAUAUCAAAAUAAUGGUAAGGAAUCCAAAACAAUACAAACAGUAACAGUGUUCUCGG